CUCGAUGCUUUGCGACGCAACACUUGGGUGCAUCUCGCUUGCCAUGGCAAGCAGAACCGCAAGCAGGCUUACAAUUCACGUUUCGCCAUGAGAGACAAACCUCUCACGCUGCUUGGCAUCAUGGAGAACAAUGCUCCAGAAACUGCAUUUGUACUCUUGUUGGCGUUUCAUACCGCUGUUGGGGAUGAAGAAACACCCGACGAAGUCAUCCGCCUCGCGACUGGUUUGCAUUUUUUGGGGUUCAAGAGUGUCAUCGGUACUCUGUGGAUGGUCGACGACGCUGUCGCAAAAACUUGUCGUUGA